AUGAAGAAUUGCAUAUUUAUUGUGGUUUUGGCGUGUGUAACGCCAGCUGUGCUACCAGCUAAAUAUAUGCUGCCAAAAUGGAAGAAACAGCCUUCGACGGUGGCUCUAUACGAGAAGAGUGUUCAGGCGUGCGAGCUGCCCGCAGUGCAGAGUGAACACAGCCAUUACAUCUGUGAUGACAAGGGAGAGCCGAAGUGCCUGCCGGGAUGGCAAGGAGAUCUCUGCGACGUGCCCAUUUGCAGGAAGGGAUGCGAUCCCCUUCAAGGGUAUUGCAAAAGGCCAGGGGAAUGUAGGUGUAAGAUGGGAUUCUAUGGCGAAAGAUGCAAUAAGUGCAUACCUCUUCCUGGAUGUCAGCAUGGUUACUGCAACGUGUCCUUCGAGUGCGUCUGCAGAGAUGGAUGGGAUGGAAUAUUCUGCUCUGAACCAAUCUGUCGUUCGGACUGUCACGCGACCAGGGGAUUCUGUGAGUCACCAGGGGAAUGUCGUUGCCGGCUAGGGUGGGCUGGACCGACGUGUCGGGCUUGUCAACCAUUGCCCGGAUGUCAACAUGGAUACUGUGAUAAGCCCCUUGAGUGCAAGUGUUUGCCAGGAUACACCGGACUUUUGUGUCAAACACCAAUCUGCUCCACUGGUUGCCACGGAGAGCGCGGUUACUGCAGACGUCCAGGAGAGUGUAGGUGUAAGGUUGGGUGGACGGGCCCUACCUGUUCCCAGUGCCAUUCGUACCCUGGCUGUGUUCACGGAACAUGUAGCAGACCAUGGGAAUGCAUUUGCAAGAAGGGAUGGGGAGGAAUGCUCUGUGAUGAAGAACUAAACUACUGUGAAAAGAACCUUGACACCUGUAAAAAUGGAGGAAAAUGCCAAUCUCUGGAAUCGAACGAUGGUUCCUUCAGAUGUCAAUGUCCUCCAGGCAUCAGUGGAAAAUUCUGUGAAAAUAUACCAGACAAUAUGACUACUCCCAAUAGCACUGACACAACUACUGAAUCGAUAGUGAUAGAAGUUUCUACUAAAGCUGAUGAUGAAGAUGAUGAUGAUGAGGGCAAUGAUGAUAAUGAGACUGAAUGA